UGUAGAACAACGGUGAUAACAAACACUUAUAAAGUGAAAGUGACCUUGUAAACUUCCUUUUUUAAUGUCUUCAUCAUCACCCAUUUGAAAUAACUGUUUUUGCAGUUUGAUUUUUACUAUUUUCUUACUUCUGUGAUCCUUUUGUCCAUUUUGAUGUCAUUCUGAGACUAAUGCAUUGGUUAAAUAUAAUUUUAUAAAGCGCAGAAUUCUUUUACAGAAAUGUCAGGUUGAACAGACAUUUCACCCAUUUUGAGGUAAGUAUCAUUUCCUACUUCCCUCUCAGACACUUUCUGAGUAGCGUCUUUGUUCACUUUUAAAGGAAAGUUUGUUCACAGUGUCAUAGUGAAAUGGCCCUGUUCAUCUUAAUUACCUUUCAGCUUUUACUGCAGGUUAAAUCACAGGGUUUGCCGCAGGCCAACCUGACAAUAUUUCCAACAUUUGCCACCUAUGGAGAAAAGGUGCAGAUGUUCUGUGGAGGUCAUGAGAGUCAGCAUGUCUCUGAAUGCAUGUUCUAUCCUGCAGGCCAGGAGAACUAUAUAAAACCAAGUGCAUUGUGUAACAUCACCCUUACCAGCAUCGAACUGAUCACGUGGUCACAAGAUCCAGAGAGUUCACAUGUCAACAUAUCCUGCUACUAUACUGUGUAUGGCUUAGGAGAAAACGCAACCUCACCUCAUUCUGACAAAGUCUCAGUAAAGGUCAGAGGUUUGGCUGCCAUGUCAUCUUUGUCACCGAUCACAGAGGACAGCCCAACUACACUGAUCUCCAAUGGAAACUCUGAAGCAAAUUUGUCGACCGCAUCGACAACGGACACAACAUCAUUGGUUGUAACAACCAGUGCUGAAAUCACAACAGAUCCGAUAACCAAUAUGUCCAGUCUAACUACCCAUGACAGCAGUUUAACAGAUCCCGCAAAUGCAUCCCUGGAAUCGACUACACUUGCUGAAACUACAGAACCUGCGUCAGGUAACCGGAUCUUGGAUCCCGUUUUCUGUAUGUUUUUUCAUGGUUUUGCGAACAUUAAGGAAUUCCAUUGA